AUGUCAGUCGAAGCAAAAACGUUCACGAACAAAUCUAAUGGCGAAACAUUCACAAAAGGCACUUAUAACGGUAUUGAAGUCUUACGUAGAGACAAGGAUGGUUAUAUAAAUGCAACAAAUAUGUGUCAGCAGUUUAGGAAAGACUUUAGAAAGUUGUUGGAAAAUAAGUCCUGGGAAGAGUAUUAUAAGGCAUUUUGUGAAGAAUAUAGCAACCGCCGGAAUUCCGGCGGUUGGUUUUUAUACAAAAUUCAUGCAGGAAUUCCUGAUGAAAUCAGACAGGUUAGAGGAACGUAUGUAGACCCAAGACUUAUAAACUAUAUAACAAUGUGGGCUUCUCCAAAAUAUUGCAUAGCAGUUGGAAAAAUUAUGGACUCCAUAGACAAGAAAGUUCAUGAGAAAUUAGAUGAAGAAGAACUCGAAGAUACA